GCUCUAGUAUUCGUGUACAAGUUCAAUUAAAAAAAGUGGACAUGUUUAUUAUUUAACAACAAUUUUAUCAUAAUUUAGUUUUUUUCCAGCCGCUUGAGACUUUUUUCAAACUAAAAUAAUUACUCUACGUGAAAUAUUUACAAAUUUUAAUGAAACAAAACGUACGCGGUCUACGAGCGAACAAACGGAUGCGGUUACAAUAAUUAACUAGAAACAUAUAAAAAUAGUAUACAAUAUGCGCCUGUCACGCUGCCUAGUUUUGUCAUCGAUGAUAUUGGUUUGAUACGUAGUGUCAUUAAGAACCAUCAGCUCUAAAAAGACUACUAUAUGAACAUUAUGGUUGCCGAACCUGUAAGAUAACAGCGCUACAUUUAUAUCGCACCAACACCGCCAUCCGAGAUGAUUGACUCUAGUAGUUACACUAUUGCAUUCAACGACAGAAAAUUUUUGCAAGUGGGGCUGAAUCCAAAGGAGGACUUUAAUGUUACGAAUCGUUGUUUGGCUCUACCAAAAGGUACUACAGCAGUUGUUCGAUUCGAUAAAUUUGAAUGGGGUAUACACAAUAAGUUUGGUAAAACAAAUGAAGUUUACAUAAGUCAAUUUAAUGGAUCUGAUUUCUUCAACAUAGCAAUGACAUUCUAUUUUGAUUGUACUUUACAAAAAUUAAGUUUUGAAAUAAUUAAGUGUAAAGAGCAUUACAUAGAUUGCGUGAACUACAGAACUUUUGAAGUUUCAAAUAUUUGUGGAAAAGAAAAAACUCUGUUAUAUUUCAUCAAUAUGGGAUACGCUAAUCGCGAGUUGUCGUGUAUGACUAAAAAAGGAUCUUUAAUCAUUAAAAACACAACGUUGAGUGCAAAUAACAUAGUCGGAUCAUUUGCGCUUUCGUUGGAUAAGUGGUGGGAAAAAUCAUGGAAAUGGCAAUCUAAACUUUUUUCUAAUGAUAACUCAUUUUUUGUGCAAUCAAACGGUCAACUUCGAUUUCUUCUUUUGAGUAGACGAACUCCUCCUAAACAUUAAACAAAAUUUUAACCGAUUAAUUAUAAUUUUUUAUUAUUGUAUUACUGAUAAAUUUUGAAUUAUAUAAAUAAUAAUUUAAUAUAAUAGGGUGAGAGCU